CCGCGGUGGUUGGGGGCUGAAUCCUCGAAUCGAGGUCUCCGCCAAACAGCCAUGCCAGCUGGCAUGAAUCAACCCGCAUAGGAUCUCCACCUGUAAGCAACCCAGACUUGAGGCGUGUUCUUCCAAGUCGAACUGUGUCGGCCGCCACUUCAAUUUUCAAGCCACUCCGCAGGCCAUAAUCGCUUUUAAACAAGUGUAUCACCCACAAUUUCUAUUGACAUUUGUAGAGUCUCGUCUCGAUCGUCUGAUUGCGUCAAUUCUCAAGACAUUGUCCCAAUAACGACGGAAACCCCAACCUCAAGGUUUAGCGACAUGGCAGCGCCAACUUACAACACGGUGCCGCAAACACCUACGACUCCAACAUACAUGCAAUACGGAUCUAGCGAGAAGAAAGAUCAUCCUCUUAGUGUUGUCCCUCAGUCCCCAGGCUAUACUGGCGAGAAUGGCGGAAGUGGCAUUGAGGAUCAAUCUCCGAUUAUUCCCAUGCUCUCAAAACAAGACAAAAAACUGAAACACAGAAUCCGCUACCUUCGGUUACUCUCCCGGCUCGCUGGAACCGGAAUAGCCCUCACAACUCUGUCUCAGGAAGGACAAACCAUUCACUCCUUUCUGUCUACACAGGAUACAAUGCGAGGUGGUCGUGGGCCAUGGGCGAAGCAAACCGAAAUCUGGUCUUCAGUGAUGAUGUUUGCCCUCUCGCUCAUCACUGCCCUGCUAGGAUUCGGGAUCAUCAUCGCCUACUUCUUCUCCAUCAAAGCAGCCAACACCAUCGCCGGCAUCCAAGGAGGCAUCGGAAUGACAGUUGAUAUCAUGCAUUUGGCUAUCUGGAUCGCCCUUGCAAUUGCAUACCGGGUCGCGAAGAAUGGGAAAGAUCUCUGGGGCUGGGCCUGUUCUCCGAUUGCGCAGAAUAUUCAGCCAAACUUCGAGGGAAUCGUGAACUUCAAGAACGUUUGCGAUCGAGGGCAAAAAACAUGGGUUCUGAGCAUCGCGAAUGCGGUCGUGAAUGCUAUUGCAGUCGGGAUUUUGAUAUUAGUUUUCAAACGUACAAAGACGAAGAAGGAGAUUAAAAGACUGACUAUGGAACUUCCGCCGCGGACAGUAUAGUUCACGACGUACUGUUGCCAGAUAUAUUUGACAUUGGAGGCUUACCUAGAUUUUAAACUCCCACAAUCACCGAUGCCACUACAUCUUUGCUACCAGAUCACCGUUCAUUUGAAUGUGACUAUUACAGGUUCACCGAAAUAAC